AUGGCGGACUUGGAAAGGAGCUUCAAGGAGGACAUGAUCGCCCAGCUGCACCACUUGGCAGCUGUUGGCGACACAGGCAGGCUGCGAACUUUGCUCAGCCGCUCGCCGUCGCUCAUCAACGCCACAGCGCAGAACGGCUGGACGGCCCUGAUGUACGGGGCCAGGAAUGGGCAUUUCGAGGUGGUGCAAAUCCUUCUACAAGAAAUGUGUGACAGGUCCAUCGUUAAUAAAUCACGGCAGACUGCUCUGGACAUUGCUAAAUUUUGGGGAUAUAAGCACAUAGCUAAUUUGUUGGCAAAUGUGAAGGGUGGGGAGAGACCUUUUUUUCUGCCAAAUGAAGUGAAAGAGCAUGAGAAUUACUUUGGCACAACACUUCUGGACAGAAGGAGUGACAAAAGAACGGAUUCCAACUGGCUAAGGGAAAAACAAACCCAUCCAAGCUCAGUGUACAUCCUUUUCUCCAAUCUAAGCCCUUUAGUCACUCUAGGGGGAGAAGCAGAGAGUUCCCAGCAGCCAGAAGUCAAGCUCUGCAGGCUGCACCACGAGGAUGUAAAGCAGUACCUGACCCCAGCUGAGGAAGUCACCUUGAUCUUCCUGGGAGUGGAGCUUCAGCUGCGCAUGAAGCCGCAGGCCGCUCCCAGCAGCACAGUGCCGAAAGAGGACCAAGAGGAUGGCUUAACCGCGUGGUUUGCUCUGAGCAUAGAUCCCACCUCUGCCGAGAAAUUUAAACAGACGCACGAAGACUCGUACUUUCUUCACCCCCCAAUGCCUGCACUGCUGCAGCUGCCUGAAAAAGAAGCUGGAGUAGUAGCCCAGGCCAGAUCCAUUCUGUCAUGGCACAGCCGCUAUCAGUUCUGCCCAACAUGUGGGAGUGCAACGAAGAUUGAGGAGGGGGGCUACAAGAAAACCUGCCUGAAAGAAGAUUGUUCCAGUCUCCGCGGUGUUCACAACACCUCGUAUCCAAGAGUUGAUCCUGUUGUGAUAAUGUUAGUCAUCCAUCCAGAUGGGAACCACUGCCUUUUAGGUAGGCAGAAAAGAUUCCCCCCUGGAAUGUUUACCUGUCUUGCUGGAUUUGUUGAACCAGGUGAAACGAUAGAAGACGCUGUUCGAAGAGAAGUUGAAGAGGAGGCUGGAGUCAAAGUGGGCCAUGUUCAGUAUGUCUCUUGUCAGCCCUGGCCCAUGCCCUCCUCCCUAAUGAUCGGUUGCUUAGCUGUUGCCGUGUCUACAGAAAUUAAAGUUGACAAGAAUGAAAUAGAGGAUGCCCGCUGGUUCACUAGGGAACAGGUCAUGGACGUUACCAUUAAAGGAAAUCGACGUUCGUUCUUCGUGCCGCCAAGCCGAGCUAUUGCACACCAGCUGAUAAAACACUGGAUUGGAAUGAAUGCUAAUCUUUAAAUUCAAAUAAUUGACUUCUUC